GGGCCCGGCGGGCGGGGGCGCCGAUCUCCGGCUGUGAUUGGCCGCGCCGCGCGGGCCCUGCGCCCCGCCAUUGGCCCCAGGCCGGGCCCGCCUCCCGGGGACUCGGCGCCCAGGCCGCGCUCGCCCGCGGGGAGCCGAGCGCGCCGCCGGGGCCAGCCUGCCGAGCCGAGCGUCCGAGGAAAGCGGUCGAGAGCCGAGAGUCGGGAGUCGGGCGCGGGGCGCGGCGCGGGGCCGGAGCGGAGCACGCAAGCUAUGAUGUCGACCUACAAGCGGGCCACGCUGGACGAGGAGGACCUGAUGGACUCGCUCUCCGAGGGCGACGGGUACCCAAACGGCCUGCAGGUGAACUUCCGCAGCCCCAGGAACGGCCAGUGGUGCUGGUCCACGCGGACCCAGGUGGAGAAGCGGCUGGUGGUACUGGUGGCACUUUUGGCGGCAGGACUGGUGGCCUGCUUGGCAGCGCUGGGCAUCCAGUACCGGACAAGAAGCCCUCCGGUGUGCCUAAGUGAGGCCUGCAUCUCAGUGACCAGCUCCAUCUUGAGUUCCAUGGACCCCACGGUGGACCCCUGCCAGGACUUCUUCACCUAUGCCUGUGGAGGCUGGAUCAAGGCCAACCCGGUACCUGACGGCCACUCCCGCUGGGGGACCUUCAGCAACCUCUGGGAACACAACCAAGCCAUCAUCAAGCACCUCCUUGCUCGUGUCAGCUGCGAUUUGACUGGGCCUGUGUCCUUAGCCUGGGUCUGGAUCUCCUGCCUCCAUCUCCUGCGGGUGGUGGUUCAUCCUGCCACCUCGGGCAGGGCCACUGCUAAGGUGCCCAUGCCUCCUCCCUGCCUGCCCUUCACUGGCCGCUUGUCCUUGACCCCUGCAGGAAGCCCUCCGGUGUGCCUAAGUGAGGCCUGCAUCUCAGUGACCAGCUCCAUCUUGAGUUCCAUGGACCCCACGGUGGACCCCUGCCAGGACUUCUUCACCUAUGCCUGUGGAGGCUGGAUCAAGGCCAACCCGGUACCUGACGGCCACUCCCGCUGGGGGACCUUCAGCAACCUCUGGGAACACAACCAAGCCAUCAUCAAGCACCUCCUUGAAAAUUCCACGGCCAGUGUGAGUGAGGCAGAAAGGAAGGCCCAAGUAUAUUACCGUGCAUGUAUGAAUGAAACUAGGAUUGAGGAGCUCAAGGCCAAGCCCCUGAUGGAGCUGAUUGAGAAGCUUGGGGGCUGGAACAUCACAGGUCCGUGGGACAAGAACAACUUCCAGGAUACGCUGCAGGUGGUCACCUCCCACUACCGCACCUCACCGUUCUUCUCGGUUUAUGUCAGUGCUGACUCCAAGAAUUCCAAUAGCAACGUGAUCCAGGUGGACCAGUCUGGCCUGGGCCUACCCUCAAGGGACUAUUAUCUGAACAAAACUGAAAAUGAGAAGGUGCUGACAGGAUACCUGAACUACAUGGUCCAGCUGGGGAAGCUGCUGGGUGGAGGGGAUGAGGACUCCAUCCGGCCACAGAUGCAGCAGAUCCUGGACUUUGAGACGGCACUGGCCAAUAUCACCAUCCCCCAGGAAAAGCGCCGGGACGAGGAGCUCAUCUACCACAAGGUGACAGCGGCCGAGCUGCAGGCCUUGGCACCCGCCAUCAACUGGCUACCCUUUCUCAACACCAUCUUCUACCCUGUGGAGAUCAAUGAAUCUGAGCCUGUUGUUGUCUAUGACAAAGAGUACCUCAGCCAGGUGUCCACCCUCAUCAACAGCACUGACAGAUGCCUGCUGAACAACUACAUGAUCUGGAACCUGGUGCGGAAGACAAGUUCCUUCCUUGAUCAGCGCUUUCAGGAUGCUGAUGAGAAGUUCAUGGAAGUCAUGUACGGGACCAAGAAGACGUGUCUUCCUCGCUGGAAGUUCUGCGUGAGUGACACGGAAAACAACUUAGGCUUCGCGCUGGGCCCCAUGUUUGUCAAAGCGACCUUUGCCGAGGACAGCAAGAACAUAGCCAGUGAGAUAAUCCUGGAGAUCAAGAAGGCAUUUGAGGAAAGCUUGAGCACCCUAAAAUGGAUGGAUGAAGACACUCGUAAAUCAGCCAAGGAAAAGGCAGAUGCAAUCUACAACAUGAUAGGCUACCCCAACUUUAUCAUGGAUCCCAAGGAGCUGGACAAAGUGUUCAAUGACUACACUGCCGUUCCAGACCUCUACUUCGAGAACGCUAUGCGGUUUUUCAACUUCUCGUGGAGGGUCACUGCUGACCAGCUCAGGAAAGCUCCCAACAGAGACCAGUGGAGCAUGACCCCACCCAUGGUGAACGCCUACUAUUCACCCACCAAGAACGAGAUUGUGUUUCCAGCCGGGAUCCUGCAGGCACCGUUCUAUACCCGCUCCUCCCCCAAGGCCUUAAACUUUGGUGGCAUUGGUGUCGUCGUGGGCCAUGAGCUGACUCAUGCUUUCGAUGACCAAGGACGCGAGUACGACAAGGACGGGAACCUGCGGCCCUGGUGGAAGAACUCGUCGGUGGAGGCUUUCAAGCAGCAGACCGAGUGCAUGGUGGGCCAGUACAGCAACUACAGCGUCAAUGGGGAGCCGGUGAAUGGCCGGCACACCCUUGGGGAGAACAUUGCCGAUAACGGGGGCCUCAAGGCGGCCUAUCGGGCCUACCAGAACUGGGUGAAGAAGAACGGGGCUGAGCAGACUUUGCCCACCCUGGGUCUCACCAAUAACCAGCUCUUCUUCCUGGGGUUUGCACAGGUCUGGUGCUCCGUCCGCACGCCCGAGAGCUCCCACGAAGGCCUCAUUACUGACCCUCACAGCCCCUCCCGCUUCCGGGUCAUCGGCUCCAUCUCCAACUCCAAGGAGUUCUCCGAGCACUUCCAGUGCCCUUCCGGCUCGCCCAUGAACCCUCCGCACAAGUGUGAAGUCUGGUGAGGGGCAGAGCACCAAGAGCCAAGACAGAGGAGGGGGCGGCGCUGAGGACGAGCCCCGGGGGCGGGAACAAGGCUGCCCCCUGGCCCCCCAGGGCCUCUGCACCGCACACCGGAGGGUUUUCAGCUGGAACCGAGCCUACCGUGUGUGCUCUCAUCGUAAUCCGAGGUUCGAUCCCCUGUGAAGACCCUGCCGUCCUAGCACACGUGUGUCAACUCUAAUGGGCAUUUGGGUGUCAGGCUGGUUGCUCACCAGCUCUGGGCCCCGUGCCAACAAGGGUAAAGGGACACAGCCCCCACCCACAUCCAGCGCCAGAUACACCACAAAUGCCACUGUGUCAAAUGCUUUAAAGAUAUAUUUUUGGGGAAACUUAUUUUUUAAACGCUGUGGAAUACACUGGAAAUCUUCAGGGAAAUAAUGCAUUUAAAACUUAUUUUUAAGGGAAAAGAUUGGUAUAUUUAUUAUGUUCUGUUUUUUCUAAAUAACCUGUGGACAAGGGAAGCCCCCUGAUUUACCCCUCUCUCUUCCUCACUCGGGCUAAGGCAGCCAUCCCCAGCUACUGAACGGGUUCCCGGCAGAGAGCUGCCUCAGCCCUGGAGAGAUGACUUCAGCCUCUGCCACCUGGUGCCGAGAAGCAUCAAGUCCAGGCAGAGAGGGGGGCAGCUCUGGGGGGGCCAGCCCACGGCACCUCCCCUUGCGGCUUGCCUGCCUCUGACCCCAGAGUCCAACGGCGGGAACCCCAGCAAGGAAGGUCUGAUCCCCAAAGUGGCAGCAGGGGACUGAGGGCUGCAGCAGAACAAGGCCAGGUUGGGGCCUUCAGACCCCGUCUGGGGGCACCCACACUCCCUGGAUCCAGAGCACAGGAGGCCUGCGAGGCCACCCCCACCAGACGCUCUCUGCUGCGCUGUGGCUGUCCUCCUAACAUCCCCCUUCUGGCUGCCAAUGUCUGUCCUGGGGGUUGUUUCCUCUCUGCAGUGAUUCUCCCAUCCCAGCCACUUCGGGGCCUGCCUUGCCAAUUCUCUUCCCCAAGGGAAGGAGGAAAGAGAAAAUAGCUCUCCCCUCCCAUAGGGCCCCGAUCCUCCCUCUGAGCUCCGUGUGGUCCUCUGCCACCUGCUGGGCCUGGCUCCCAGGAUGGCAGCCAGCCCCACCCUCCAUUCUCUAGUGCCUUACCUGAGGCUUUGGCCCCAGACUCUACCCCAAGGAGACAGCUCCCCCCUCCCACCCUGCCACCAGGGGCCGCAGGGCCUCCUCAUGAGGCUUUCAGAUGUCCUGACUGGAAUGCAAGGCCGUAACCCUGUGCCCAGUGCCCACAGAGCUGCCCCAUGGUGUAGCCCAGAGCUCUGGCCUGCAGGUCAGUGGCCUUGAGGUCAGGAGGCUGAGGAACCCCUGAACUUACCCUGGGCUCCAUCCACCCCCAGCCCCUUGGGUUGAAUCAGGACAAUACUAGAGGGUGGAGCUAAUUGUAGCCCACUCGAGGCCUCUGGGGAAGCAGGCCCCUGUGACCGAUCAAGAGCAGCCAGGGCCCACCUGCUCUCCCAUCUUGGCCACCCGGGCCAUCUGGCCAGGCCCCACUCCCACAUGCACCUGCCUUGCCUGGGAAGCCAUAAUCCUUACAGCUCAGCAACUGCCUCACCACUGCAGCGCAGCCCCAGAGCCGGGACAGGAGUGUGGGGAGUGGCCUCCAGGUGCGGUUCCUGGUCCCCAAGUGGCAGGCCUGGUAGUUCUUCCAAGGGAAGGUCAGACAGGAGCCAAAGGAGCUAGAGCCACCAGCCCACCACACCUGCUGCAUGGAGGUAAGCUUUCCCCACCUGCUGCCCUCCAUGCACCUCCUCUCCCGGACCCUCGCCUCUCUGCCUUCCCUAUGGAGGGCCACCUCCCUCAAGUGUCAGUCGGCAGGACGCCCGUCCCCUCCCAGCCAGAAGCACCUGUCCUAGGGCUGAGGGUCUAGCCAGAGGGAGUGCACUCGCUGGUUCAGGGCGUGCUGGGGGUGGCUUGGGCCCUGCAGGCGUGGAAGCAAAGUACCCCAGUUCUCCAGAGCUUCAAAGAAGGCUGAGGAGAUGGGCAGCUGCCCUCCAAGAGACUCCCCUCCCCUCAGGCCCGCAGAGCCGUAGGGCUGGCUUCUCCAUGGGUACGUGGAUAUGGGGCUUGGGGCAGGGAAUCUAUUUUUUGUAUUAUUAUGUUUUGUGCUACUGUAGUUUUGGUGUGGCACUAUUGUAUUGAAAUAAAGUACUUGUACCGAG